AUUACAUUUAAUCGAUGAGUUCACUCCCUUUCAAGCAAAUUAGCCACUAUUUUUACGAGAAGCAAAACGAAUUAUUAAUAUUAGUGUUGGUGUAUAUAUUUAGUGUUUUUAGAGAUAAACACAGAACAGAAAAUGACCUCAAAUGAGCAGUCCGCUGAUAGUCAUACAAUGAAAAAGGGGCCAGAAAAUGAUGGGCAAGGUCAUUUGGUUGCUAAGCACUACAAUGAACUGCAGGAAGCAGGUCGGGAGUCAAGGACAGACAGCAGAAUAUUCUACAUGAGGAACUUCAAUAACUGGAUCAAAAGUGUUGUUAUACAUCAAGCUUUAGAAAGGUUGAAAAAAGACAAGGGUCAUGAUCGUGACAUAUCUGUCCUUGACCUAUGCUCUGGUAAAGGCGGAGACCUUCUAAAAUGGAAGAAAGGAAACAUACACAGCAUUGUCUGUGUAGACAUAGCUGGAAUCUCAGUUGAGCAGUCAGAGACGCGUUACAAGGAGAUGUUGUCACGGGAACGCAACCCAGACAGAGUAUACAAAGCUGAGUUCUUAACAGCAGAUUGUUCAAAGGAAAGACUCAAGGACCUGUACAAGGAUGCUGGGCGGACAUUCGACAUCUGCAGUUGCCAAUUCUCCUUCCACUACUGUUUUGAAACCCUAUCCCAGGCUGAGGUGAUGUUACAGAAUGCGGUGGAAUGCUUAAAAUUGGGCGGCUAUUUUAUCGGCACCACGCCCAACAGCCAGGAACUUGUACGCAGACUCCGUGAAUCAGAUGACAUGUCGUUUGGCAAUGAAGUGUACCGCGUCACUUUUGAAAAUGAAGACAAGCAAAAGUUGCCCCUGUUUGGUGCCAAAUACAAUUUCCACUUGGAGGGGGUAGUCGACUGCCCAGAGUUUCUUGUCUUCUUUCCUGUAUUAGAAAAAAUGGCAGAAAAGUAUGGCGUCAAGCUGGUGUACAAACAGUCAUUUGCAGACUUUUUCAAUCAGAACUUCGUAACCAGGGAAUACAAGGACCUUCUAAGUCAAAUGAAGGCACUAGAGAGUUAUCCAGCAGAGGAGGGUCGUAGUCUGGUUGGCAAAGAUGAUGAGGAUUAUGAACAUGUGCGCUCCUUCAUAGACAGUGUGAAAGAGGAGCCAGACAGCAGUCAUCGCGGCAGGGAACCACGCAAAGUUUCCGUGGGAACCCUCUCUAAAGCAGAAUGGGAAGCUGUCACCAUCUACUGCGUGUUCAUGUUCCAAAAGGUGAAGGACAUGGAGACAGGGGAGGUAUGGAAGGUGUCCACGCAUGACGGGACAUCAGUGGGCAGGGAUAGGGAACGCCUUCAUGAGGGGGCAGAUUAGGGAACAGAAGGGGCCAAGCCACGGAAAGCUCUUAGAAACACUUAGGAUUGAACCUCAGCAGGAAGAUGGAUCUGUUUGGUCACCUGUACUUAACUGUCCUGUUCGUGCAUGGCACUAUUAUUCGCCACUGGGGACUAAUGGCAACAGAUAUUUUUACACAGGUGCUGUAUUCAGAAAAAAAGGUUUUGUUAUGGCUUGUUCACAGGUGUACACACAUUUCGAGAGUUUAGCGUAAAAGACAUGUAAAUUGCUAAGAUGUGUUUGAUACUCAAUCACUAAAAUUUACAUUAACAUUGUGACACAUGUUAUGUAUACAACGAUUGGUUGGAAAUUGUUUACCUGGCCAAUCUGUAUUGAAGGAAGGUUGAUUUCCAUCAUGUAUGUAUGAAUACAAUUUUGUAAUGUGAUUAUUAAUUAUGCACAUACAAUGUUUAUGUCCCAACUAAGUGGUAGUAAUUUAUGAUUGCUCUUGUGUGUCCCAACAUUUCAAUAAAAUAUUUGUUUUCAUCUCUUUAAA